GUAGGGGCGUCCCGGAGGAAGCGGGGAGGGCUCUUAGCUGGGAAGUCUUUCGCCCCGCAUGUUUAGCGACUCGUCCGUAGACCGCUUUUUCCCGGUGAAAAGCGUGUGCCUGCGGGUCUGACGGCAAAACACUUUCUCCGGGAGACUUGCCUGGGUAACACAAUGCCAGCUGAGCGCAAAAAGCCAGCAAAUAUGGAAGAAAAAGAAUCUCCGUUAAAUAAUAAAGAAAAAGAAUUUAGUGAAAGGCGACCAGUGAGCACCAGGGAGAAGCCAAAAGAAGAUGUCAAGGUUGGCAUGAAAAGAGAGACUUUAAAGGUUCCUGAAGAUAAAAAGAAAAAACUGGAAGAGGAUAAAAGAAAAAAGGAAGACAAGGAGCGGAAGAAAAAAGAGGAGGAUAAAGUAAAGGCAGAAGAAGAGCAAAAGAAGAAAGAAGAAGAAGAAAAAAAGAAGCUUGAAGAAGAGGAGAAAAAGAAACAAGAGGAGGAAGAGAAGAAGAAGCAAGAAGAAGCAGCUGCUCAACUGAAAGAAAAAGAGGAAGCACAUCAGCUCCAUCAGGAGGCUUGGGAGCGCCAUCAGGCAAGAAAAGAGCUUCGCAGCAAAAACCAGAAUGCACCAGACAAUCGCCCUGAGGAAAACUUCUUCAGCAGACUGGAUUCCAGUCUGAAGAAGAACACAGCUUUUGUUAAGAAGCUAAAAACCAUUACAGAGCAACAAAGGGACUCCUUGUCCCAUGACUUUAAUAGCCUGAAUUUAAGCAAAUACAUUGCAGAAGCAGUAGCUUCUAUUGUGGAAGCCAAGCUGAAAAUAUCGGAUGUGAACUGCGCUGUGCACUUGUGUUCCCUCUUUCACCAGCGUUAUGCUGAUUUUGCUCCUUCAUUACUUCAGGCUUGGAAAAAACAUUUUGAAGCAAGGAAAGAAGAGAAGACUCCCAACAUUACCAAGUUAAGAACUGAUUUGCGUUUCAUUGCAGAGUUGACAAUAGUUGGGAUUUUCACUGACAAGGAAGGUCUGUCUUUAAUCUAUGAGCAGCUUAAAAAUAUUAUUAAUGCUGAUCGAGAAUCCCACACUCACGUUUCUGUGGUUAUCAGCUUUUGUCGGCACUGUGGAGAUGACAUUGCUGGUUUGGUACCAAGGAGAGUAAAAACUGUUGCAGAGAAGUUUAACUUGAGCUUUCCUCCUAGUGAAAUAAUUAGCCCAGAGAAACAACAGCCCUUCCAGAAUUUGUUGAAGGAAUACUUUACGUCUUUGACCAAACACCUGAAAAGGGACCACAGGGAGCUACAAAAUAUUGAAAGACAAAACAGGCGCAUUCUUCACUCCAAAGGAGAACUGAGUGAAGAUCGACACAAGCAAUAUGAGGAAUUUGCAAUGUCGUAUCAAAAGCUGUUGGCAAAUUCUCAAUCUCUAGCUGAUCUUUUGGAUGAAAAUAUGCCUGACCUUCCCCAAGAGAAACCAACACCUGAGGAACAUGGACCUGGUAUUGAUAUUUUCACACCAGGAAAGCCUGGAGAAUAUGACCUGGAGGGGGGUAUCUGGGAAGAUGAAGAUGCUAGAAACUUCUAUGAGAAUCUCAUCGACUUAAAGGCUUUUGUGCCAGCAAUUUUGUUUAAAGAUAAUGAAAAAUGUUCCCAGAACAAGGAUUCCAGCAAAGAUGAAUCAAGAGAUUCAAAAGAUGCCAAAGAUAAUAAGGAAGCACCUGGGAGUGAGGAUUUGGAGUUGGAGCUGGAGAACCUGGAUAUUAAUGAUGAUCCCCUGGAGUUAGACUGUGGAGAUGAGGCAGAAGAUCUUACAAAAAAGCUUCUUGAUGAGCAAGGGAAGAGAGAGGGAGCAGAUAGCACCGGCGCUGAAAAUAGUGACGGAAAACAUGCUGAAAGAAAACAAGAGGAUGAAGAAGCCAGUACUGGAUCUCAUUUAAAACUUAUAGUAGAUGCUUUUCUUCAGCAGCUUCCAAAUUGCGUCAACAGAGACCUCAUAGACAAGGCAGCAAUGGAUUUUUGCAUGAAUAUGAAUACAAAAGCCAACAGAAGAAAACUAGUACGAGCACUUUUCAUAGUUCCUAGACAAAGGUUGGAUUUGCUACCGUUUUAUGCAAGACUGGUUGCCACAUUACAUCCCUGUAUGUCUGAUGUAGCAGAGGAUCUUUGUUCCAUGCUGAAAGGGGAUUUCAGAUUUCAUGUAAGAAAAAAGGACCAGAUCAACAUUGAAACAAAGAAUAAAACUGUGAGGUUUAUUGGUGAGCUUACCAAGUUUAAGAUGUUCUCCAAAAAUGAUACUCUCCACUGUUUAAAGAUGCUUCUGUCAGACUUUUCUCAUCACCAUAUUGAAAUGGCAUGCACUCUGCUGGAAACCUGUGGAAGAUUCCUCUUUAGAUCACCAGAAUCUCACUUAAGAACCAGUGUUCUUUUGGAACAAAUGAUGAGAAAAAAACAAGCAAUGCAUCUUGAUGCACGCUAUGUUACAAUGGUAGAAAAUGCCUAUUACUACUGUAAUCCCCCUCCAGCUGAAAAAACUGUGAAGAAAAAACGUCCUCCUUUGCAGGAAUAUAUCCGUAAGCUUCUUUACAAGGAUCUCUCCAAGGUCACCACAGAGAAGGUCCUGAGACAGAUGCGCAAGCUGCCUUGGCAGGAUGCAGAAGUAAAAGACUAUGUUAUAUGCUGUAUGAUCAACAUCUGGAAUGUGAAAUAUAAUAGUAUUCACUGUGUAGCCAACCUCUUAGCAGGGUUGGUCCUUUACCAGGAAGAUGUUGGAAUUCAUGUUGUGGAUGGAGUGCUAGAGGAUAUUCGACUAGGAAUGGAGGUUAACCAGCCAAAGUUUAACCAACGGCGGAUCAGCAGUGCCAAGUUUUUGGGGGAGCUUUACAAUUAUCGAAUGGUGGAAUCAGCUGUAAUAUUUAGAACUCUGUAUUCUUUCACAUCAUUCGGUGUGAACCCUGAUGGUAGUCCUAGUCCACUGGACCCUCCAGAACAUCUUUUCAGAAUCAGACUGGUUUGUACUAUCCUUGAUACCUGUGGGCAGUAUUUUGACAGAGGAUCCAGCAAACGAAAACUUGAUUGCUUCCUUGUAUAUUUUCAGCGGUAUGUUUGGUGGAAAAAAAGUCUGGAUGUUUGGACAAAAGACCACCCAUUUCCUAUAGACAUAGACUAUAUGAUCAGUGAUACACUGGAACUGCUGAGACCAAAGAUAAAGCUCUGCAAUUCUCUGGAAGAAGCUAUCAGACAGGUGCAAGACUUGGAACGAGAAUUCUUAAUAAAAUUAGGAAUUGUGAAUGACAAAGAUUCCAAAGAUUCCAUUACGGAAGGAGAGAAUCUGGAAGAGGAUGAAGAGGAGGAGGAAGGUGGAGCAGAGACAGAGGAACAAUCUGGAAAUGAAAGUGAAGUAAAUGAGCCAGAAGAAGAGGAGGGCUCAGACAAUGAGGAAGAAGAAGGUGAAGAAGAAGAGGAAGAAAACACAGACUAUCUUACAGACUCCAACAAGGAAAAUGAAACUGAUGAGGAGAAUACAGAAGUAAUGAUUAAAGGAGGAGGACUUAAGCAUGUCCCUUGUGCAGAAGAUGAGGACUUCAUUCAGGCAUUGGAUAAAAUGAUGCUGGAAAAUCUUCAGCAACGGAGUGGUGAAUCUGUUAAAGUACAUCAGUUGGAUGUUGCUAUUCCUCUACAUCUCAAAAGUCAGCUCAAGAAGGGUCCCCCACUUGGAGGUGGGGAAGGAGAGUCAGAGUCUGGAGAUACAAUGCCAUUUGUCAUGUUAACACGAAAAGGCAACAAACAGCAGUUUAAGAUCCUAAAUGUACCAAUGUCUUCCCAACUUGCUGCAAACCAUUGGAACCAACAGCAAGCUGAACAGGAGGAGAGAAUGAGGAUGAAAAAGCUCACUUUGGAUAUCAAUGAACGGCAAGAGCAAGAGGACUACCAGGAAAUGUUGCAGUCUCUGGCACAGCGUCCAGCUCCAGCAAAUACUAAUCGUGAACGGCGGCCUCGUUACCAGCAUCCGAAGGGAGCACCUAAUGCAGAUCUAAUCUUUAAAACUGGUGGGAGGAGACGUUGAUCCAGCAGCAAGUGUCAUUUCAUUAGGUCCUGUAUCUCUGAUGUUGUGGAUAGUGGAGUCCUCCAGCGAUUAAAUGAGAGCAGUGGACACAUCUCAGCAUGUCAGUCUAGAGCGUUCAAAAUCGAAACCUGGGACAGGCUGGGGCCGUGGGGCAGAAAUAACAGCCUCCCUUCUUCCCCCCUCAACCCCACAGAGAACAAGUGGAAGCUUCCAGUCUGGCCUACCAAAAAAAAAAAAA